CUUCUGAAUUUGUUCUACCCUGUCGAAUUGUUUGCCCCGCUGCCGGGUUGGGGAAGCUCUCUCUAGACAUCCUCCAAUUCCCCGGCUACAAAUUAUUCGUUUCACUUCAAGCAUGGCCCCCAAAUACAGGGUUUUUCUUCUUUCUUGGUCUGAUUGCUGGCUUCUCGAUCACUUGUGGAUCGAUCAAUGGAAACGGGAGAAAUGGGUCUUGUGGAAUUGUUCGGCUAUGACAAGGAAUUAAGUUUAAUUCCUCCCCCUGACAUAUCAUCGCAUCAUUGUGGUUAUCAAGAUGAUGAAUGCGAGGACAUGACAGAAGAGGAAUAUUGCUCCUACAUGGAUCAAGUUUUGAAGACCGACGGCUUUGAUGUUGACCGCAUUCCUGGCGUCUCUUGUUUCCACCAAAUUGAGCCAUGCAACGUGGACAAAAAGACUUGGGAUUACGAAGGGUAUUCGCGGCUUGCAAUUGAGGAAUACAACUUUCGCUUUAAGGACGCAAAUGCAGGGUUGGAGUUUGUGAAGGUGCUGAAGGCAAUGAGUCAGGCUGCCAACGCAAUGAGGUUGUAUUUAACGCUUGAGGCUAGGGAUCUUGCUGAUGGAGGCAAGACUAAGAUCUAUCAAGCUGUGGUAUUAUCGGGGAUAACUGAGGAUAUCCUUUAGGCUAAAACCUCCUGAAGAUGAGAAAGGUUGCAGUCAUGGAAAAGAAUGGUUUUGGGAAGAUCAUCUUUGCAGUGGUUAGCAUGUUUAUGACUUGUCAAUGAUCAUCUUCAAGUUACUGAAGUGAUAAGGAUGCUUUGUCAAUGAUUGAUUAUUCCAUGUUAUAUUGCUGGUAUAAUGAUGCACAAGAUAAAGCCUUUGUUGAUAAUUCAUGUCCUGAUGUGUUUUCAAAAUAUACGAGAUUUCUGUCUGCUUCUUUGCUGGUUGGACUAAUGGUACUGGUCUUAAUUAUUUUCUUGUCAUGCAGUUGCAUUGACAUACAUCUAUAUGAAGUUCCUUAUAGAUGAUAGCAUAAACGUCGGAUACUUCAUUACCAAAUUCAUAUCAGCGGCAGAUUUAUGGCCUUAAACCAUGGCCAUUUCUAUAUGUCAAGUUCUUGAAAAUUUAGAAAAAUCAUCUUAGUGGUCCCCAUCCUGGGGCACGUGUUAUUUGAUUAUUGCUUUUACCAUAAACUUUUGUAAUAUAUGUUGAAGGAUUGUCCCAGAUGGAAGGAUUUUAUUUUUAUUUAAUUUUACCGACUAUGCAGAAUAUCACCAUAUAAACUAAGUUCAUUCCAUUUGGUUUUAUUUCUUUGUUGCUUUUUUCAGGUCUGAUAUGUUGAGUUUGACCAGAACACCUUUGAAGGGGCUGUCAACCUCGCGGAGUUUAAGAUGCAUGGUUGUUAGAAAGAUGACUUGUGUAAGCUAAAUGCAAAGACAAUUUUUUUAGUGUUUAUUUAGUCGUUGGAAUGUUGGUAUAAUAUUGGUUGCUUGAUUUUGUUUGCAAGACUGGUUUAAUCGUAUGUGGGUAGUUGCAAUGUCAAGACCUCCUUCACGCCACCAUAGAAGCAAGCAUUCUCUGGUUUGUAUUGUGGGUUGAAAACAACGAAUUUCCCUCUUCAUAUUCAGUUUUUCUUGUCCAGCAGUUCUCACAAACAAAA